AAAAAAAUAAAUAAAUAAUAAGUAAAUAAAAUGAGAAGAAUAAAAAUAGAGAAUUCAAGUGUGUUCAGCUAGGAGUUUCACUUAGAACUGGAACAUUAUGGUAAGGGUAGGCAUUGGGAAAUUUUCUGACCUGUUUAGGUUAAUGGGAAAAAAAUAGAAAAUUAAAGUAUCUAACAUUUGAAGAUAUGCAUGGAUACAAGGAAAAAAUACUAUAUCUAUAAAAAAAAUAAAUUAUAAAUAUAUACAUAUACAUAUAAAAUAGAAUUAAGAGAUUAUAGAUAAGAGUACAAUGUGAAUAAAAACCCUAUAAAAUAAACCCUAUGUGAUAAAAACCCCGGACCAUCUCCUUCCUUUAUAAUGCAACGGUCAACUAUUCAAUAUUCAAUAUUUUAUAUUUUAUUUUAAUUUUAUAUUUUAUAAAUUCACAUAUUGUAAUCAUACAUAGUGCCUUUAUCCUAUGCGCCGGAAACAUUAGGAAAAGUUUAAGUAAAAUGAUAAUAGCAUUUAAUGAAUGGGAUAAGAUUGGGUGAUAAAACACCAUACAUAAAGAAGUCGUUUCGACAUCAGUUUAUCCUGUGUAAUAUAAUAUAGUUGUUACCUGCACAGUUUAUUCAAAUUUUUGUGUUAUUUUUUAGUAAAUUAUUCCGAAGUAUUUGUGGGGUUGGCCCCAUUGAUAAAAUAUUGGGGGGGGGGAGCACAUAGUGGCUCUGCCCCCUUCCCCUCGGUGCCGUCGCCAUUAGCCUUUAAGCAUUUGGAUAAGUGAAUGAAAAUUGAUAAUAGGAAAUAAACGUCAAUACACAAGAAUACAAUAUAUAAAAGAAAUACCAUCAAUGAAUAAAUAAGAAAAACAAAUAAAAAUAACUAAGUAAAUAAAUAAUGUAAAUUAACAAAAAAUAUCUUUGUUUUUAUUUUGACUAAACCAUUUAUUGAAAUAAUCAUGAUAAGUUACAUAUAAUACUAUGUUUACUUUUAAGUGCAAUGUAAAAUAUUUAUUUUUCCAGAAACUAUUCAUUAACCUUAACCUAUGGAGCGUGUUAUUGUUUUGUUUUUUAACACUGUUUUUAAUAUUCGAAUCAAACGGUAAUACUCCUGUCGUAGAAAGAAAUGCCAUUAUUCUGCAACAAUGGAAAAUAUCAGGCAAUGAUGAGCUGUAAGGUUUACGUACAUAGUGUUUUAUUUUUCUAAUAACCUAUGGGAGUCCAACAAUGGAUUCGGAAACAAUCACCCAUGAUUUAAAUAGAUGCGACUUUGAGGAAUCCAUUUCAUAAUACAAUCUAGUAACAGAACGCUUUAUCUCUGUUAUAAAAAGGAAUUUAUCAGAGUGUGACUGCUUAUCAUUUUUCUAUGUCACUAAUUGGUCCAUAAUUACAUAAAUUAAUGAUUGUUAGGUAAACAAAAAAGAAAAGAAGAAAUGACCCACGAGUCAAGUGUGAUAGGAGCCCAUAAACGCCAGUGGAGGACAAAACCUGCUUCUGAACGGAGAUGCCGGAUUACAAAAUGGAAGAUGAACUCUUUCAAUUCUUUGGUGAAGAGGAGAUGUGUAUCGGAACGCCAGAUCCCCUUCAGUUAAGCAACGUUUCUGGAAUAAUGUUGACACAGAUCUGCGCUAUUUGUGGUGAUAGAGCAACUGGAAAACACUACGGUGCCUCGUCAUGCGACGGUUGCAAAGGAUUCUUCAGGAGAUCUGUGAGAAAAAAUCACUUGUACACGUGCAGAUUUAAUCGAAACUGCAUUGUAGACAAAGAUAAACGUAAUCAAUGUCGCUACUGCCGCUUGAGGAAAUGUUUCAAAGCCGGAAUGAAAAAAGAAGCUGUGCAAAACGAAAGAGAUAGAAUAAGCUGCAGAAGGCCAAGCUAUGAAGAGCACUCCCUAACAAACGGACUCUCUGUCUCAUCUUUACUCAACGCAGAAAUGCUAUCCAGGCAGGCAGGUGGAUCCCUAGAGAGAAACCAAGAAUUUGACCUAUCAAAUAAGCAAGUGGCAACGAUUGCUGAUGUUUGCGACUCGAUGAAACAACAAUUACUGUACCUUGUGGAAUGGGCUAAAUACAUCCCUGCUUUUACAGAACUUGCACUCGACGAUCAGGUUGCCCUCCUGCGUGCACAUGCUGGGGAACAUUUGCUUCUUGGUCUUGCCAGGAGAUCGCUACAUCUUACCGAUGUUCUAUUGCUGGGUAACAACUGCAUUAUCCCGAGAUAUUGUGGAGAUUCAAAUAUUUCCUAUGACUUAGACAUCAGCAGAGUUGGAACGAGAGUAAUGGAUGAGCUGGUACGUCCAUUAGCCGAAGUUCAAAUAGAUGAUACAGAAUUUGCUUGCCUCAAGGCAAUAGUCUUUUUCGACCCAAAUUCCAAAGGACUAAGUGACAGCUCUAAAAUAAAAUGCCUCAGGUAUCAAAUACAAAUAAAUCUUGAAGAUUACAUAAGCGAUAGACAAUACGAUUCUCGUGGCAGAUUUGGAGAACUACUUCUUACAUUGCCGGCUCUUCAAUCAAUCACAUGGCAAAUGAUUGAGCAGAUUCAAUUUGCUAAACUGUUUGGGGUCGCAAAAAUUGACAGCCUUUUACAAGAAAUGUUAUUGGGAGGAUCUACUACAGAGAACUCAAACGGCCAACCAGUACAAACGAAUGGAAGUGUAGGCAGUUACCAAAGUUCCGGAGAGUCGCCAGACAGUCGCAAUGGUACAAGCCCAAUGAAUAGUCCUUCUAACCCUUCUGGGACUGUAAUAUUGCAAGACCUAACAAACCCCUCAGAGGAAUACACAUUCAAACAAGAACCACAGCUUGACAACUACUAGUAAUUCUUUUCACCGUGGAAUAGAAUAAAUGUGAUUCAUGACUGAUAGACAGUGAAUUAUGUAAAUGUGUACAAGUACACUCUAACAUAUAUACACAUAUAACUCUCAUAAUUUAAGUAACAGUAGUUUUCAUACUGUGAAAUGUUGUUUUCUGAAAUAGUCAAAUAAAAAUUUUAAAAAGCACGCCAAGCAAUAAUUUUUUUUUAAAUAAAAAAAUUUCUAAAAAGUUUUAAAAUAAUAAAAAUAAAUAAACAUGUUCACUUUUUAUUUAGAAGGAGAAAUUCACCAAAAAUCCUUAUUUAAAU